AUGUUUAUGAUUUGCAAUUUCUUUGCAAAUAAUUCAGACUUUUGUGACGCUGAAUUUCGAAAUGUGAAAACUUCUUUAUCAGCAAGACAAUCAUACGGCGACGAUGCUAUAGGAUAUGUACAACUUCGACGUGAUUCCGACUUGUGUACCAUUAAAUGCAGGGUGUGUCCAGAACACAAAGUUCGUUCAAAAUCGUAUUCAGCGACUAUGAUAGUAGAUGAAAAAGGAGGUAAAAUCGUAAGCGUCGAAUGUCAUGAUUGUGCUGCCUCUACAGGUGGUUGCAAACAUUCAGUAGCUUUCCUGAUGUGGGUCCACAGAAGGAGUGAAGAACCAUCAAGUACAGACAUUCAGUGUUACUGGAAAAAGUCAAAACUUUCUCAAGUUGGUACUAAUAUUAAAUGCAUUACUACCAAAGAUCUGUCCACUGUGAAAACACAACAAGCUACACAGACUACAUUGCGAGAUGAUUUAUUGUCAAAAUUUCUCCAAGAAGCGACACACAGAGGUGUAACUAACUUAUUUUUAGAAGAAAAUAUUAAAAUUAUUGAGGAGCAUACUGUGGGACAACAUAAAAGCAGGUUGUGGCAUGAGUUAAGGUAUGGGCGAGUUACAGCUUCAAAAGCUUAUGAAGUAAGCAAAUGCCUUACUUCAGAUGGAUCAUUGGUUGCUGUGAUCAUGGGAGCCAAAACUCCAGACACAAAAGCUAUGAAGAGAGGUCGGGUAUUGGAAAGCAAAGUAAGAGUAACAGUGGAAAAGAAAUUAGGCAAAAAAGUAAAAUUUCCUGGCUGGUACACC